GGAGUGGGCAGAGGAGGCGGAGGAGAAAAACAGGGAUGUAGCAGCAAAGCAGGCAGUCGGAGGCGAACCCCUCACUGUAGCGGUGUUUUCAAGAGGAAAGCAUCUGCACCUCCCCCUUUCUUUUUGUGCUGUUUCCACUGUAAAAGAAUCCAGCGGUUCCUAUGUCAUUGCCGAAGGAUACUCCAACGCUUCUCCUUUGUUGAUUUAUUGGAUUCCAAUGGUCAUGGUCAAAGAAAAAGUGGCUCAUGCGCAGGACACACACCACCACUCCAAAGAGAAGCCCCUAAUCCAGUGCUAUAAGUGCGGGCAGCCAUGCAAGGGCGAGGUGCUUCGGGUGCAGAACAAACACUUUCACCUAAAGUGCUUCACCUGUAAAGCGUGCGGAUGUGACCUAGCCCAGGGCGGUUUCUUCAUGAAGAAUGGAGAUUAUCUCUGCACAGUGGACUACCAGCGCAUGCACGGUACACGAUGCAAUGGAUGCGGGGACUUUGUGGAGGGGGAAGUGGUCACAGCACUGGGCAAGACCUAUCACCCUGCCUGCUUUGUUUGCACCAUCUGCAAACGACCGUUCCCUGCUGGAGACAGGGUGACCUUUAAUGGGAAGGACUGUCUGUGUCAAUACUGUGUUGAGCCGAUGUCUCCAGGACCAAAAGACAUCCUGGGUGCUAGCAAUUGUGCAGGAUGCGGACGAGAUAUUAAGAAUGGACAGGCUCUCCUAGCAUUGGACAAACAGUGGCAUCUUGGGUGCUUCAAGUGUAAAGCCUGUGGUAAAGUGCUAACCGGCGAGUACAUCAGCAAAGAUGGUGCACCGUAUUGUGAAAAGGACUACCAGAUUCAUUUUGGAGUGCAAUGUGAGGCGUGCCAUCAGUUCAUCACUGGAAAAGUACUUGAGGCAGGGGAUAAGCAUUACCACCCCAGCUGUGCGAGAUGCAGCAGGUGCAAUCAGAUGUUCACGGAAGGGGAAGAGAUGUACCUGCAAGGAUCAACAGUGUGGCAUCCUGGCUGCAAGAACACAACCAGAACAGAGGAGAGACACAGGGAGAGGCCUACGAGGUCGUCAUCUGAGAGUAUUUGUUCCAGACCUGGUUCAAGCAUACCUGGCUCACCGGGUCAUACAAUCUAUGCAAAAGUAGACAAUGAAAUUCUUGAUUACAGAGACCUAGCUGCCAUUCCUAAAGUCAAAGCCAUUUAUGAUAUUGAGCGCCCUGACCUUAUAACCUAUGAACCUAUGUACACCACCUCCCUGGAGGAGAGCGAGGAGAGACGAGAAAGUGUAGGAGAGCUCUUCAGUGCCAGGAGGGAGCGCUCGCCCAUGCCUGAUGAAAAGUCUUUUCGAACCAUGUCGCCAACCCUAUCAAAUGAGGGAUGUUAUGACAAAAGGGAACGAAUUCUCCAGAGGUCCACCAGUCAAGGCUCCUUAGGCUCCCCAGUUUAUAAUCGCCAUGGUUACACACCCACUCUGUCACGGUCCCCGCAGCACUUUCACAGGCCAGAAGCUUUGACAGGCAUGCAGAAACUCUGCUCCUCCUUGUGCAGUAACAGUGUGGGCUCCAGAAAUAGUGACUCCCGCCCCUCCUCCCCUUUUAGACACCACUUCCUCCCCCAUAGUCAAGGCACUGACCCAUCAAGUGGCCGGAGCUCCCCUCUCCCGAUACGACCCGAUAGCCGGCCGGGCACACCGCCUCUCUCUCUGACCCCUAAACAUUUUCACCUCCCAGAUCAGGGAAGUAACAUCUAUAGAAAACCACCCAUCUACAAACAAUACGGCACAGAGGGAAGAAGACGAUCCAGAGAAGAAGAGGAGGAAGAUGCCUUAAAAAGAAAGCAGCUUCAGGAAGAACAUCUCAACAAGAUUCAGUCUGGUUUAGGUAAACUAAUUCUCAGGGAGGAAAUGGAAAAAGAGCAGAUUAGGGAACGUCAUGCAAGGAGUGCCUCCGCUCAACGAUAUGACAGCAAGCAGGAUAACGGUGAUGCAGAUCCAACUUCUCCAACUAGAACAAACUCUUUGCCUGGGUAUGGGAGGAAUGGCCUACAUCGGCCCCAGUCGACAGAUUUCACACAGUACAACAGCUAUGGUGACAUGUGUGGCGGAGGCAGAGAGUUUCAGGUAUGUCCCCCAUCUGCUUUUUCACAUGGCAUGCUUCUUCACCUUGCUCCACAAACUUUCUUGCACUAGGCAUCUUGCCCUGAAUGCACACUGUCCACUUGUUCUUACAUGCUUGCAUUGUCGUUGCACUUGUUGCUGUAUGUCACCUAGUUGUCACAUACAGGCAGUGCAGUGUUUUAUUUUAAAAUCCACUGCCCAGUAGCUGAGUAACUUUACUCAAGGUGCAAAGUGCAAGCACCACCUCAUGUGUUUUUUUAUAUGUCUGUGUACAUGCAUCAAGACUCAAGCUAAAUGUUGGAUUUCAGGAAUAAUAUUUCAAAAUUCACCUCAAAUCGCAUAAACAUACAACUGAACAACCGCCCAUCUCGAAUACUAGGAUCCUGUGCAGUAGUCAAGCUCCUUGCUCCAUCCAGUGAAAAGUGUGCCCACUGUCAUAAAACAACAGCAUAUUCAUGCCAUUAACUCAACAGUCGCGUCCCACUUUAUUAUAUUUGUGUAUGUUCUAUUCUUUAGCACAUUAAGGAUGGCCGUGCAGCACUUGCAAGGAUGGACAGGGGAGUAUCUAUGCCUAAUAUGUUGGAGCCCAAAGCAAGUAUCUUCUUUUUUUGUACUGAUGGCAACAAUGUGAACUACACUGUAUAGACAAAAGUAUUGAGACACACUAGCUUGUCAGUUGCCUAGUCAUUAAUUUAAUGUCGUCCUCAUAUAUUUGAUAAAUCAUUAGAAAUUACCUGAAAUGACAAACAAGGCAAAAACCUGUUAUUUAUAGGCUUGCAUAUUAUUUUUUACACAACACAUUGCCAUCAUUAUCCAAUGAUGCACAGUCACUUCAUCAUUUGAUGUAGCAAUGUGACAAGGUUUCAUUAAAUUGACAGGGUGAAAAAGCUUUGUCUGGUUGGAAUGACCACUUUUUAAAAUCUACAGAAAUGGAAUUGUUGCGUGGAAAAUUUGGGGGUAACAAUUUCUGUAAUAAUGGUUGUAGAAAACUGGAUAAACAAAAAAUAAAAAUAAAAAAGUCUUUAAAUUAGGGCUGUCAAAUGAUUAAAAUUUUUAAUCGUAAUUCAUCGCAAUUCAAACCAUCUAUAAAAUAUGCCAUAUUUUUCUGUAAAUUAUAUAUAUAUUCUGUAAAAUAAUUUGUUGGAAUGGAAAGAUAAGACACAAGAUGGAUAUAUACAUUCAACAUACGGUACAUAAGGACUGUAGUGGGCAUUUCACUCUAAUGCAGUACUUCUCAAAUGGUGGGGCGCGCUCCCCCAGGGGGGCGCAGAGCGAUGCCAGGGGGGGCGCGAGUGACCUCGGGGAACAUGCUUUUUUUUUUUUUUUUUUUGCCGUACUAGAAUAAAGUGUACUUGCACAUCCACUCCGUGGGUGGCAGUGGCGCUCUCAUUUUCAAAGUGCGUGCAGUAUUUUUGAAGUAAGCAAGAGCACACGGAAGAGACUCAUGCAGAGCUGGACUCACGCAGCGACCCACUGUCUUCUUCGAUUCUCACAUGUCCUGCCGAGAAGUGCCGUUUUCGGCUUGGGAUCGUCACGACCACCGCCCUCACCUACGGUUCUCCCUCGGCCGCCGAGAAUGCGCUUUUUUCGGGCCGUUUGCCUUUGACUUUUAAUAUAGUGGGAAAUGAGGAAAGACCACUGUUUACUGAGUCUAAAAAUGAUUAUAGCGGAGAAGCCAAAUCAGUUAAGACGCCACUUAAAGACAUUAGACCUCAAUCUCAUUGAUAAGCCGCUUGAUUGUUUUUCAGCGAAAAUGUGCCGAAAAUUGCCAGUUGUCACAAUCGUCCCGCUUUGUCAGUGUUAUAUCAGUAAACCAGUGAGCACUGUGGUGAAUCAGCGAAAAUAAAAACUUUCCUUCUGUCCAAAGACUUUUUUCCCCCCUUCUAUUCAGUCUUGUUUUUUUUCGGUCAAAUUUUUUGGCAUGUUGUCCUGAAGAGUAAAUGUUUCUAAUCAAUUUGAAUUUGUUAUUAUUUACUGAUUUUAUUACAUUUUAUUUUUCAGUAUCAAAUGGUCAAAAAUGUACCUUGAGUGUAUUUUUACAGUUUGGAUGUGACUUUUUUUUUUUUUUUUUUUUAACUUCAGGCAAAUUGAUGCGCGUUAAGUCUUUUCUGUUACAAGCAACACAAUGUUAAAAAAAAGUUAUACUUUAUUAUAAGUUGAUCUGUUACUUUUUUUCUUUAAUAGAAAAAAAAGGACACAAUGUUAGGCUGAGGCG